UGAGACUGCAAGAAAGAAGUAUAUAGAAUUUUGCAAGGAUAAUGUAAUGAAAAAUGCUAACAAAAUUUUGAAAGAUUUUAAAAUUAAAAUUAAAUCGGCAGUAAAAGCAAAAUUUAAAAAGAACAAGAAAAAUGAAUUAAAAUGGAGUAAAAAUGAUAGGAAGAAAGAGAAGAAAAAUGAUGACGAUUAUUAUUUUUAUGUUGAUACUGGUCAUGAAACUAGUGAUGAUGAAAGUGAUAAAGGGGAAUCUUCUUAUAAAGGAGAACCGUCUCAUGGAGGAUAUUAUGAGGGAGAAUCUUAUCACAACUCAAAUUAUGAAGGAGAAUCUGAUAAUGAAGAUUUUAUUCCUUCAAUUUUUAACGAGGCUUUUUCUUCAGCUACAUCUUUGUCUUCUGACUUACAACAACUAUUUUCUGCUUUUCAUAACAGUAUUGAAGGACCUACCACUUUUGAAAUAGCCCCAUCUAUUCAACAAAUGGAUUGUACAGGAUGUUUUGGGGGCAAUGGAAGCAACUCUCCUAAAUUGGCUCAAGAAGUAAAUUCUAAAUGUUGUGAAGGUUCUUCAUGUUUUGGCUGUUGUGGUAGUGAUAGCAAUAAAUCUAUGGCUCAAAAUGAUGAAUGUAAAUGUGGUGAUUGCUCUUCAUGUAUUGGGAGCUGUGACAACAUCGACUGCGGCAAAAUUAUUGGCGAUAUGUGUAGUGGUGCUGGAAAUGCAUUAUAUUACUUGUGUUGUUGUUGUGUAUUCGAAGCUGUACUUGAAGGUGGUUGUAGUGGUUGCGAUGAUUGAUUAUGUGAAGAUUGAAAA